AUGAAGAGGAACGAUUUAUUCCCCGACACAAGAACAACUUAUAAGCUAAAGACAGAGCUCACUCAGACAAAUAGAUCAUCCGAAAACAACAUCGGGAUCGAAUCAUCUUCCAUCUCAAACCGACCUGAUAAUAACAAUAAUAAUCAUCAACAAAAUUCCACGACAGAAGUUGAUCCAUCGAUAAAGAAAACCAAAGAGGAUAUUGCAAGAUUCUUCUUCGAAAACGGGCUCGAUUUUCAUUUAGUAAGUUCCCCAAGUUUCCACAACAUGAUGGGUCCUAGAAAGUGCCACAUCCCCACCCUCGAUGAGCUAAAAGGGUCGUUAUUUAAAGAUGCAUUAAAAGAAGUGACUAAAUAUAUCGACGAGGCUAGAAAUUCGUGGGCGCACACAGGAUGCACUAUCUUGCUCGAUGAAUGGAAGGGUGAAACGGGAAGGGAUUUCGUCAAUGUUUUAGUUGACUCACCGAGAGCAACCGUUUAUCUCAGCACGUACGAUAUUUCUGAUUAUAUUGGAAAAACUGACGAAAUGAAAAUGUUAUUCGACAAAGUGUUGAGUGAAGUUGGGAUCGAGAAUGUGGUUCAAGUUAUUACAUCCUCAGAUUCUAUUUUUACCAAGGAACUGGUGACGGAAUUGUCAGAGAAAUACCGACAAAUAUUUUGGUCGGUAAGCGGGUCUUUCUGCAUGCAACUCAUGCUGGAGAAAUUGUUGGAAAUGGACGUCAUCAAAGAAAUCCUGGAGAAGGCGAAAAUAUUUACGAGGUUUAUUUACGGAAACCCUAACGCGCUCAAGUAUCUCAAGGAGAAAACGGACGGUGAUUUAUUUCAGCAGAGUUCGAAGAUCAAGUCAACGCAGCCUUUCUUAACCCUCGAGAAUAUCGUCUUGGAGAAGAAAAUGUUGACCAAAAUGUUUCGCUCUCCCAUUUUUUUGGCAGACAAGGGUUGGGACGAAGUAUAUGAUUUGGUGAGUGAUGAAUCUUUUUGGAUGGGGGCAUCGGAUGUGCUCAAAGCAGCUAUACCUCUCGUGCGCGUAAUACAAUGGAUGACGGGGAGUAGUAAUAAGGAGCAGAUGGGAUAUAUAUACGAAACGAUGGAUCAAGCGAAGGAGACUAUUAAACAAGGGCUCAAAAAGAAUAAAUCACAAUACACGAGGUUUUGGAAAGUGAUAGACGAGAUUUGGACCGGUGUACUCUACACCCCGAUUCAUGCGGCGGGUUACUAUUUGAACCCGAAUCUUUUCUACACAAGCGAUAGGUUUAUCGACCUUGAAGUUGCAACAGGUUUGUUGUGUUGUGUUGUACGGACUACCCGGGAUCCGCGGGUCCAGGAUCGGGUCACUAUACAGAUCGAGACGUACCAGAAUUCUAAGGGCGCGUUUGGCUUGGGAUGCGCAGAGGACCAGAGAUCAAAUACUUCUCCAGCAAAAUGGUGGUUGAAAUAUGGGGGCGAAUGUCCGGAGCUACAAAAACUGGCGCUUCGAAUACUGAGCCAAACAUGUGAGGGUGCAUCGAAAUUUCAGCUGAAUAGGGUUUCGGUGGAGAAACUUCUUGAUACGGGAAUAAGUCGAAGAGAACAGAAGAGGUUAGCUCAUGCUGUUUUUGUUGAAUAUAAUAUGCAACUGCAGAAUUUUGAAUCUGGUAAGGUGGGGUAUAUGGGACCCGAUGAAAUCGAACCGUUGGAUGAUUGGGGAGUUCAUAAAGGACCAAAUGAUGGGGCCCUAAAAUCGGGAGGGCCGUCGAAUUUUCAUCCAAAAGUGGAGCGUAUAGUAUGA